UGUCGUAUCAGUAUAUUAUUAAUGUGAAUAAACGAUGAUUGAGGUUAUGUGACAAAUGUUUGUGACUCGUCAUCAGAUUUCAAACUAAUCUCUCGACUGAAAUCUUGGUUAUUGCACCUAUUGCAAAUACUUUAUUACUUUAAAUAAAUUUAUUUUAGAGGUAUAAUUAUGACGAAAGGUACAUCGAGCUUUGGUAAGCGGCGAAAUAAGACACAUACAUUGUGCAGGCGUUGUGGUCGUAGUUCGUACCAUAUCCAAAAAUCACAAUGUGCUCAAUGUGGAUAUCCUCAGAGAAAAAUGCGAUCAUAUAAUUGGUCCAUAAAAGCUAAAAGGAGAAAGACUACAGGGACCGGCCGUAUGCGUUACUUAAAAAUUGUCCGUCGUAAAUUCAAGAAUGGAUUUAGGGAAGGUUUGCCAAAACCUAAAUCAGUUCAGACUAAAUAAUUUUAAUUUCUUUCAUUGUAUUAUAUAUCUAUAAAAUUUUGACUUAUAAUAAAUAACGUAAAAAGUCUAAAA